AUGUCGACUUUAACGCUGUCGCCGGUCACCGCCGCCCCCCCCCUUCACACCGUCACAUCCAAGAGACCUGUCAACAAGAAACGACAACUCGCGCCAACUCCAGCUUUGAUCUCGUUAAUCUCCAAUUCUCAACAAGCCGCCAAGGGAAUAUACAGACCUGAUAUACUUCCUUUCAUGGCUAGCCCAGCCAAAAUGGGAAGGGUCUCCUCAGAAAGUGCUGGUUGGACAGAACUUCAAGGAAAGAUCACGCUUUUCAAUGAAAGUAUGCUCUUAGGCAUAAAUUGCGAACUGUACGACGCCGAAACUUUCGCAGCACUAGCAGCACUAAAAGCAGCCAUGUUUUCACCAAUAACUCACCUGUCAGAUCGAAUCAUCAUCUGCUUCGACAAUCUGACAGUAGCUGCUAGGUUACUACAUACUACUACUGGCUCCAGCCAAGCCACUUCUGCUGAAUUUAACGACUAG